CUGUAAAGAUAAACGAGAAUUCAAUUAUUAUUACAACAAUGUCGUCAGACGAGAAAACCUAUCACGAAGAUGAAUUGGUGGCUCCUACGUGGCUAAACGCUCAGUUUUUGGAGCAGGUGCUAAGCUCCUAUGAAGCAGAUGACCAAGUGAAAGUGCGCAGUGUCAACAUUUCGCCGGCCACACUUAAGGGAGAUCACUAUGCCAGUAUUAUGUUUAGGGCAAAUGUGAAAUAUACCAACAAGAAGGGAGACAACACGAAGUCUUUAAUAAUCAAGACCAUGCCCGAGGUGGAGGGCUUUAAAAAGGAUCAGUUAUCUGAAUCGCAUAUAUUCAAGACCGAAAUUGGCAUGUAUUCGGAAAUGCUGCCCGAAGUUGAAAGAAUCCUAAGGGCAGCAGGCGAUGAUACUAAGCUCUGUGCUGAAUGUAUCUAUUACAGUCUUGAGCCAAAUCAAGUAAUCAUUUUUGAGGAUUUGGUGGUCAGAGAUUACACUGUGCUACGCGAUCGUGAACCCACCAUUUCAGACACUAAACUGGCCCUCAGCAAAGUGGCCAAAUUGCAUGCCAUCACAUAUAAGUUGUUAAAAGAUUUGCCUAAGAUCAUGGAGGAUCCUUGUAUGGACAGCAUGCCUUAUUUUAUCAAAAUGCUAGAGGAUUAUCCCCAAUUGACCAAGUAUAAACCGUACUUUGAAAAUAUUCGCAAAACUUACUUGACACGUUGCCGGGAUGCAUUUGUUGAGUACCGCGAAAAUCCUCAAGAGAAUUUUUAUUAUGUACUCUGCCAUGGAGAUUUGUUCCGCAGGAACAUGAUGUUCAAACAUCAAGCUGAAACUGGAGAACUGGAAGACUGCCUGCUCUUGGAUUUUCAAAUGUCCAAUGUGGGUCCUAUGCCCAAUGACAUUAUCUAUGCGUUAUAUCAACUAUUUUCACCGGAUCAACGAAUUAAUCACCGUGAUGAAUUGAUUGAGUACUAUUUCGCGGAAAACAUAAAAACAUUAAAGAAGAUUGGUUACACAGGAGAAUUACCGAAACUCACAGUUUUCAAAGAGCAUUUGUUCCGUCUGAGAUAUAUGGAAAUAUUUCUUCUUAUUUCUUUCCUGCCUUUGAUUUAUGGCCUGAAGAAACAGCAGGCAGUGGAUGCCCCCAGCUGGCGGGACUCUGAAGAUCUAAGACACAGUUUUUAUCACAAUGAUGAUUACGCUAAGGAAGUUGAGCAGCGUUUGCAAUAUUUUGUCAAUAAGGGAUAUUUCCAGGAAUAAUUUACAUAUUUACUAAAUAAAUCAGAGGCUAAUUUGAGCAAAAAACCAUAGUGUUAACUCUAAAGGACUCAAAAGACGUACCAAAGAACGGAUGGACAGAAGGACGAAGCUACAUAUAUUAAAUUUUGUAUGGUAUACAAAAAAAACAAGAAUUACAUA